ACAUCAGGGCGGGGUCCUGGUCCUGCUGGCUGCGCGCUCCUCUCAUCACUGUGGAAGUUCCGUCGACAUCAGCAGACACCGUCGAUCUACGCAGAAGAUCCAGAGAAAGGAUGAAGUGGGCACUAUUUCUUCAGAUGUUGGCGGCCGUCUGGUCCCUUGGCCACACUCAGACGGUGGAUACAGAGGAGACAGCCGUGGAGGAGGAACACGUGGAGCUCUUCACCACGCCCACAUCAAAGUUGGCCGCCGCCACCUCUGACUUUGGCUACAACCUGUUCCGUGCCUUGGCGGCCAAAGACUCCGCCUCCAACCUCUUCCUGGCGCCCACUAGCAUCUCAGAAGCGCUGACACAGCUCUCCAUGGGAGCCUCUGAGCAGGCCCAGAGGCAGCUCUACCGGGCCCUGAGGUACCACAAUCUCCUGGACCCCCAGCUCCACAACACCCUCAGGGACCUGCUGGUUGCCAUCAAGGGCCCCGAGAAGGGCCUGAAGACUGCUGCUCGCAUCUGCCUGUCCCGCAGACUGAGGCCGAAGCAGGACUUCUUCGCCGUGGUGGAGAGGCAGUACGGUGUGAGGCCUCAGACUCUGACGGGCGGGGCCAAAGACCUCAAGGACAUCAACAAUUGGGUGAAGCAGCAGACAGGAAACACGAUUGCCCGCUUCCUGGCCAAAGCCCUCCCCCGCAACGCUGGGGUAAACCUGGUCGGUGCAGGCUUCUUUAAAGGGAAGUGGGUGACGCGCUUUGGUCAGAGCGGCGCCAUGGAGGAAUUCCAGUUGGAUGGAGGGGCAACCGUCCGCGUUCCCAUGAUGCACCAGGACAACUACCCCAUGAAGAUGGGGAUAGACUCAGACCUGGACUGCACGAUUGGUCAGAUCCAGAUGCACGAUGAUGUCAGCAUGUUUGUGUUCCUGCCAAACAACCUGAUCAGCAACAUGUCGCUGCUGGAGGAGAGCCUGACGGCCGAGUUUGUUCAGGACCUCGCCAUGACCCUCCAGCCCACGCAGGUGUCCCUAAAAAUGCCUGCCCUGAAAGUGAACUACUUCAAAGACCUGCUGCCAGUCCUCUCAGACCUGGGUCUCUCUGAUUGGCUGGCCGAGACCAACCUGGUGGGUGUCAGCGCCCAGCCCGCCAAGCUCACCUCCGUCAAUCACAGGGUUGUCAUGGAGAUUGCCCCCGAGGGGACCCAGUACCCCGGCAGUGGGACCACCGGGAGCCACCUCCUGUUCCACGUGAACCGGCCAUUCCUGUACCUGGUGCGGGACGAGAUCUCGGGGGCCCUGCUAGUGAUGGGCCGGGUGCUGAACCCGAAGGACCUGAGGAAAUAGACCUGCUCACACUACCACACACACGGCUUAUACACACACAUAGGGUUAGACGCACACACUCACAUAGACACACACACACACACACACAUACACAGAUACACACGCACAGUUAACAUAGGCACACACACACACACACACACACACACAAACACACACAGUUAACAUAGACACACACACACACACACACAGCUUAUUAGAGCCCGACCGAUAUAUCGGCAGGCCGAUAUUAUCGGCCGAUAUUAGGCAUUUUUCAGACUAUUCGAAAAAACUAUAACGGAGAUCGACGAAGAUCAUCAGUGUUGUUCAUGUGUGAAAAAUAAUAAAAAAAAGUUUAUUUUUAAACUGCAUUACCUUAUUAGUUUAGUGAGGACUCAUAAAUAACUACAAAUAACCAAUGUUAGGGAAAUCUGUUUGUUAUGUUGCACGUUUCUGGAUUUUUUUUAUAUAUCGGCCGAUAUAUCGGCAUAUUGGAUUUUAAAAUCACAAAAUAUUCGUAUCGGUAUCGGCCUUGAAAAUCCUAUAUCGGUCGGGCUCUAAUACACACACAAAUACACACACACACACACACACACAGUUAACAUAGACCCCCCCACACACACACACACACACACACACACACACACACACACACACACACACACACACACACACACACACACA